AUGACCGUCGAAACUUUCUUCUUUACUUCUGAAUCUGUCGGUGAAGGUCACCCAGAUAAGAUUUGUGAUCAAAUCUCUGACGCUAUUCUUGAUGCCUGUCUUGCUCAAGACCCUCUUUCCAAGGUUGCCUGUGAAACUUCUGCUAAGACCGGUUUGAUUUUGGUUUUCGGUGAAAUCACCACCAGAGCCCAAUUGGACUACCAAAAGAUCAUCAGAGACACCAUCAAGCACAUUGGUUACGACAGCUCCGAUAAGGGUUUCGAUUACAAGACCUGUAACGUCAUGGUUGCCAUUGAACAACAAUCCCCAGAUAUCGCUCAAGGUGUCCACAUCGACAAGGCUUUGGAAGAAUUGGGUGCCGGUGAUCAAGGUAUCAUGUUUGGUUACGCUACCGACGAAACCGAAGAAUUGUUGCCAUUGACCGUUUUGUUGUCCCACAAAUUGAACAAGGCUUUGGCUGACGCUAGAAGAUCCGGUGAAUUGGGCUGGUUGAGACCAGACACCAAGACACAAGUCACCUGUGAAUACAAGAAGGAAGGCGGUGCCGUCGUUCCUAUCAGAGUCGACACCGUUGUCAUUUCUGCUCAACACGCCGACACCAUCACCCUUGAAGAAAUUCAAUCCGAAUUGAAAUCCAAGAUUGUCGAAAAGGUUAUUCCUGCUGCUUUGUUGGACGAAAACACCAAAUACCACUUGCAACCAUCUGGUAAGUUCAUCAUUGGUGGUCCACAAGGUGACGCCGGUUUGACUGGUAGAAAGAUUAUUGUCGACACUUACGGUGGUUGGGGUGCUCACGGUGGUGGUGCCUUCUCCGGUAAGGAUUUCUCCAAGGUUGACAGAUCUGCUGCUUAUGCUGCCAGAUGGGUUGCCAAGUCUUUGGUUGCUGCUGGUUUGGCUAGAAGAGCUUUGGUUCAAUUCUCUUAUGCUAUUGGUGUUGCCGAACCAUUGUCUAUCUACGUUGACACUUACGGUACUUCCAAAUACUCUUCCGAUGAAUUGGUCAAGAUUAUCAACAAGAACUUUGACUUGAGACCUGGUGUCAUUGUCAAGGAAUUGGACUUGGCCAAGCCAAUCUACUUCAAGACUGCUUCUUAUGGUCACUUCACCAACCAAGAAAACUCUUGGGAAAAGCCAAAGAAGUUGGUUUUGUAA